CUAUGCAGCUAUCCAAACCUGCUGUAACAAUUCAAUCAACAGAAGUUACUUUUAGUGCAUUAACUAGCUCAAUGAUGAGUACACCAGUUAGUACAUUACAAAGCACAGGGAAUAAUACACUAAUAAUAGCAGGAAGUAUUAGUACAGCAGUAUUUAUAUUACUGGUAGUUACUAUACUAGCAAUAUUAAUAGUGAGUGUAUUAGUGUGUAGGAGAAGAUGGAAUAAAACAUCAAAAGGAAAUGAUAAUUUCAGUUUUGUUGAAAGGAAAGCUGAUAAAGAUCAACAAUCAGAUGGACAAAGAAUGAAUAAUACACUAACAACAUCAACUAAUCCUGCUUAUGGAGUUUCUGGUGAAACUUCUGGUGUAUCUGCUAAUCCUGCCUAUGGUAUUAACAUUGGAGGAAUAGAAAGUAUUGAUGAAGAAUUAUUAGUAUAUGAUGAACCAAGAACAAUGAUGUAUAAUAAACAAGAGGAUGUGGUAAUAAAAUAAUGAAGCACAUGACAAGAGGAAGAGGAACAUAUUAAUGACAUACUAACAGUAAUAGUAAUGCACCCAUCUCUGGCAUAUACAAGGACACCUUGACAUUAUUAGUCAUUAUUACACCAUCAUCAUAACCUUUUAAACAUAACAAAUAAUUUGACCUGUACAAUGUUUAAUGUCACCUCACAACUUGACUAAUAA